ACCUUGAAAGCACAAAGCAGUUAAAAUUCCAACAUACAUUAAGUAUUUUAGGGGUGGACUGCUUUUCCCUUCCUCGGCGGCGGUGGGUGGGGUGGCUUUUUCCUUUUUUGCGGCUCUCUCCCUUCGUCUGUCUCUUAUCCUUUGACCCAUCUCAAGAAACCAAACUUCUGCUGCUUCUUACCCAUUCCUUUUGGUAGACUGCAACCAUGGUUAGCGGUUCCAUAAUUCCUUCAGAGAGCAAAAGAUAUUUUUGAUAUUCAAGUUAGCACUUAUCAAUCGAGGUUCAAGAUAACCACAAAGCUUCAACACCAGAGAUGAAUUCUGAGGAGAAAACUCUUGUUGAAAUCAUAGAUGAGAAUAAACAGAUUGACCUUGCCAAGUAUAUAAACUACGUCAGUGCCCCUCAGGCUGGUGCCAUAGCAACAUUUUCAGGCACGACACGUGACACUUUUGAAGGAAAAACAGUAGUGGAGCUAAGAUAUGAAGCAUAUGUACCAAUGGCAGUUCGAAACCUCAAGUCCAUCUGUUCCUCAGCUAGGUCAUCCUGGGAUCUCCAUUCUAUUGCGGUUGUCCACCGUCUGGGCACGGUUCCGGUAGGAGAAAUGAGUGUGUUCAUUGCAGUAUCAGCUACUCAUCGUGCUGAUGCCCUAGACGCUUGUAAGUUUUUGAUUGAUGAGUUAAAGGCAUCUGUUCCAAUAUGGAAGAAGGAGGUUUAUUCUAAUGGAGAGGUUUGGAAGGAGAACAAAGAGUUUUUGGAGCGGAGAUUAGAACUUGGCAAGGAUGGCGGCUGCUGCAGAAGGAAGAUUGAGACUGAGGCACAUGAUAAAAAGGAAUGUUGCAAACCCAAGGUCAAGAUGGACGAUAAUGCAGAUUUUUAGCACCAGCUAAGCUAAUUAAAGACAAUAGGGAUGUGAUCACUUUCACGUUUUCAUUUACCUAUUUUGUUUUCAAAAAUAUGUCAGAAGUUUUGUAAUGCUACAUAACCUUGGAACAUAUCUUAUAGAUUGCUUCAAUCUAAA